GUGUAUGAGUGUGUGUACGUGCGUGCUCGCGCAGGUUGUGUUAUGCACGAGUGCAUUUGGUGUGGUGUUGGGUUCAGUGGCAUUGCUAAGAGCAAUAGGUCAGAGGACACUAGCCGCAUGAUAGUGUCCGACCCGUCGUAUGGGUGGCCGUGCGUCAGCCCGUGGAACGUCAGACGCCGAGCUGCUAUCCUGGCGUCAGCGGGUGUGACGCCCUCGGACUUACAAACAAGCUCGUGACGCGCUGUGCGGACUGGGGGCGUGGCUGUCAGCCGGGUGUGGUCCCAGACACCCCUUGGUGCUCAGUCUUGGACCACCCGAGGAGGUGGGAGGUGAGCUGUUUGUCGUGCAGACCGGCGCCAUGUUACGGUCACCUUGUCGAAACUCGGAGACAGACGUCUUAGGCAUUAUGUUUUAUCAACGAGUUCAAAAAAAUAAUUCAUGACUUGUGAUACACAUCUCCGAGGGAUCCUGGAAAGUCCCUGGUGAGUCUGCCAUAUGAUGUUGAUUGACAGUCCAGCUGCACUCUUCAGCAUCGUCAGCCGAGAGGAAACACUUGCAGCUGACUGGUACUAACGGACUCGUUGGUGGACUCCUCGGGCAUGGUGACCCCAUGGCAAUGACAACACCGCCACUGGGAUGCCAAACGUCACAAGAAGAGACUCGUAAGUCUGCUGUAUGCUCCACGUUUUAAAAAGGGAAAGUGUACAGGCCAGCUGUGAAAUGAGAGAAUAAAUCAGUUUUUUUCGAGAGCCUCGGCAGUGGUUCGUGUGUCACACCCAGGGGAGGAGCGGGGACACAGAAAGAACUGUUACCUGUCCACCGCCCACCUCAGUACCAAAGGUCUUUUGAAUUUCAAAAUAACAAGAUGGCAGGUGACUUUUGAGCACAGGCCAAGGACAGCCAGUUUCUCGCACUGUCCUGAAAUACACGACCUACAAUCCUGACGACGGUUACUUCUGUGCUUGGCAUGAUGGGAAAUGUUCAACAAGGCACCCGUCAGCUUCGCUCCACUGACCUGAUUCGCAAGACGGUUUGUCUGCCUGUACCUGAUCUCAUCCACAAACACCAUCAGUGUCAUAGACUUGGUCUGUCACUGAGCUGGUAGCCUGGUACAUCAACUCCAGUGGCACCGAACUCUGGCUCUUUAGUAAGGUUUUUCUAACAAAUGCAAGAUAAACAAACUCACAAAUAAAUGCCGCUGGUUGUGGUGAAGGCUGUGAGGCGUGACAACUCCUGUCAAGUUUUAGUUUAGGAUGAAAAGCAGCCAGGGAGUCAGUGCACUUCUUGUGACAGCCAAACAUUGAGAGAAAUGAUCAGGCUUCACAACCUGUCUGUCUGAAUACUUAUGUUGUGCACAUCUUGGGCUACCACGAAAGUAGCCAGCGCUAAAUCUGACAAAAGUCAUUGAGCUCAUGUCCACUGGGACCACUUCCGGUAGAAGGCAAUUAAAGUUGUCAACAACUCUUUACAUGCACGCUCCUCUGGUAUUGUUGUUUUUACACGUGACUGAUUUUGACAUCCUCUCGUCAGCAACUCUGUCUGAUACAACUACACAGCCCUACCGACUAUUCUCACACCUGUAUGUUCGCAGUUCUCUGUCGUAUUUACACUGGCUGCAUGGGUCGCUGGUCAAAAUGUCGGCAAAUGCUUGUCAACAUCUCCAAGUACAAAGACGCCGCAUAGGGCCAUGGGAUGUGUAGCAGCUGCACCCUCGGAGAUGUAUAGGUCCUAAGUAAGACUACAACUCCAUGGAGCUGACUCCUGAGGUUCUCUGUUGGUGUAUUUGUAGAUGAUGCCUGCAGAUGACUUGUCGCACGGAGAGAGGUCAGCUUGAUGUAUCGGAAAGCCUUUCACGAGGUCAUCAGGCGUCAUCUUGCAAGUCCCGCUAACUGAAAUAUGUGUCGAGUAUGCUGACCGGAAGUGUCUCCAGCUGCUGUUGAAGACUGCUCAUCUGUCUUCUGUUUUCAAGUCGUUAGAAAUCAAGGCAAGAACGGCUGUUCUAUCUGUCGUCGGGUCCCCCAGAUGGCGUUUCACGUUUUCUCCUGCUGCACUUCAUUUUUCCUGCUGCUACAGCUUCCGGCUGUGUGCGUGACGUGCGGCGGAAGUCACGUGGUCAGGCAAAAGCAGCCGCUCAGCCUCACGUCGCCCAACUACGGCCUGGGCCCGUACCCGCACCGUAGCAACUGCGUGUGGCAGGUGACAGCAGACGGGAACCAGCCACUGACCCUGACCUUCUGGACUAUUGAUAUAGAGGGACAUCCUGCCUGCUUUUUUGACUACCUGGUAGUCUACACCAGUGGUUGUGGGGCAUCGUUUCCCAUGAGGCUCUGCGGACAUUUUCUUCCAAAAUCAUUGACGUCGCUGUCAGGACAGAUUUGCAUCAGAUUUUUCUCGGACGAUGCAGUCAACCUGUCAGGGUUCAACCUCACAAUAGAAGUUCACGGAUCUUCUACGAGGCCUUCCAUAGCACCGCCAGCCGACGUGAAGGCGACGUUGUCAGCUGCUUCAGCAACGACGGACCACAGCGAUGUCACCUGGUUGUCGCGACCUUCACCUUUCAUCCAGGCCACUUCUGUACAACCAACGACAGGACAAGUCACUUUGACAGGACUGACAGUCACCAACACAGACACAAAUCCAGCUGUGCCAAUCACCAUCGCAGACUCACAUCCAGCGAUGCCAUCUACUAUAGACACUCCCCUACCUGUGAUAGUCAGCACCACAAAUACACAUCCAGUUGUGUCAGUACCCACUAUAGACACUCACCUACCUGUGACAGUCACCACCACAGGUACACAUCCAGUCUCUGCUACAGACACACAUCCAGCUGUGUCAGUACCCGCUGGAGACACUCACCUACCUGUGACAGUCACCACCACAGGUACACAUCCAGUUGUGUCAGUACCCACUGUAGACACUCACCUACCUGUGACAGUCACCACCACAUCUACACAUCCAGUCUCUGCUACAGACACACAUCCAGCUGUGUCAGUACCCACUAUAGACACUCACCUACCUGUGACAGUCACCACCACAUCUACACAUCCAGUCUCUGCUACAGACACACAUCCAGCUGUGUCAGUACCCACUAUAGACACUCACCUACCUGUGACAGUCACCACCACAGACACACAUCCGGCUGUGUCAGUGCCCACUAUAGACACUCACCUACCUGUGACAGUCACCACCACAUCUACACAUCCAGUCUCUGCUACAGACACACAUCCAGCUGUGUCAGUACCCACUAUAGACACUCACCUACCUGUGACAGUCACCACCACAGACACACAUCCGGCUGUGUCAGUGCCCACUAUAGACACUCACCUACCUGUGACAGUCACCACAGGUACACAUCCAGUCUCUGCUACAGACACACAUCCAGCUGUGUCAGUACCCACUGUAUGUCCGGCGGGGAGCGUGCAGUGUGCUGGCGGCACGUGCAUUCCACGUCAGUGGCUGUGUGACGGCGAGCGUGACUGUCCCGAGAACGACGACGAGAGUUCAACGUGCAGAACAUGCGACGAGGAGCACUUGCAGUGCCAUGACGACAGCUGUGUGCCAUGGAAUGAAGUUUGUGAUGGCACAGCUCAGUGCACACACGGCGAGGACGAGGCAACAUGCAUGCAGGUCUCAGCAAGCGGUGUCCUUCAGGUUCAAAGGGAGGGACGCUGGUUUGAGGUGUGUGCUCCAGAUGUGACUGAUGAUACAGCAUUAGAGAGAUUUGCAGUCAGUGCUUGUACUGCAGCACACCUGGGAGACCUGUUGUGGUUUAACAAAACAACUGUGCACAUGGACUCAUUGAUUGCACUAACAUUGAAUGACAUAGAACUGUAUGCUUUGGGCCAAGGGUUUGCUCAGCUCAGGUUUUCUUGUCCUAACAGUCAGGCCCUUGCUUUGGCAUGUGCAGAGAAAGCAUGUGGUCACUCUGGUGGACAUCUGGCCCAGCUACACACCAUGGGUAGAGCAGAGUCUGUGGAGGGUGAAUGGCCCUGGAUGGUGGCCAUCACAGCUGGAGGUAGUUUUCUGUGUGGGGGGUCUCUAGUUGCUGACCAGUGGGUCAUGACUGCUGGACACUGUGUAUACAACCUCAUCAACACACCAGAGCAGCUGACUGUUGUCUCUGGCCGUGUGAAGCUUGGUGAAAGCAACUCACCUGAGACAGGAGUGUCCGAGGUCGUCUUGCACCCAGCCUACAACUUCAUCUACAAUGCUGACAUAGCCCUCCUGAGACUUCAUCAGCCUCUGAAUUUCACCUCUGUGCAACAUUCCAUUUGCCUUCCACGCCGACAACGCACGUGGAGUUCCACCAUUCCUUGCUACGUCACAGGCUGGGGCAUCUCAGAUGUGAACAAGAGCAAACUGUCCCCUGUACUACAACAUGCCAAGGUUGUGGUGUGGGAGCAGACCAAGUGCCAGACUGUUUAUUCUUCUCGUCUUACAUCCUCCAUGAUCUGUGCUGGCUACGAGAAUGGACAAAUAGAUGCCUGUAAGGGUGAUAGUGGGGGACCUUUAGUAUGCAGAGACAGUCAGGACACCUGGGUGCAAGUGGGCAUUGUCAGCUGGGGAGAAGGAUGUGGAGUCCCUGGAAAACCAGGUGUUUACACUCGUGUUGACUCCUUUCAGGACUGGAUACAAGAAACUACAGCCAAACCAGUGGUUAGUGUCACAUGCCAGUUCGAGACACCAGCGGUCUGUGGUUAUACAAGCAGGACAAAUGUGAUGUCAUCAUUCUUGUGGUCCCGCUCCUCAGCAGGUGCAGCUGAGUUUGACCGGCCUGUUCAAGACCACAGUUUUGGAAACCAGUCAGGUCACUACAUGUUUGCCCAUGUGAAAAGUGACAACUUGUUCCAGACCAGCACACUUCUAACGCCAGAAAUACAGGUGCAUUCGGUGGCAUGUCUGACGUUUUACAUUGCCUUUCAUAGCACAGAUGCCAGUCUCACAGUUAUGGCAGUGGGCGGCAGUGACAACCAUACACAACAACUAGUGUACCUGAGAAAGGGCUUUCCUGACUGGUCACUAGUGGAGGUUGAAGUGUUUGGCUGGGUUCAACAGGUAGCAUUUGUGGUGACUGCUGGAACGCAGACCAGCGGAGGGGUGGGGAUUGAUGAUGUCAGCAUUCAAAAUAAUCUGUGCACAGAUUCUCAGAAACUAGCCUGUGACUUCAAUGAUGGGUCACUUUGCUCUUACAGCCAAGGCACCAAGAACCAAUUCUACUGGACCAUGCAAGAAAUAAAGUUGAUAAUAGCAACAAAUGGCAGUUCUACUGCAACAGACACGAGUGUACAGACUGACAGAUACAUUGAGGCCAGUAGUGGAGAUACCUUUGUGGGAGGCGCUGCCACCUUGGUGUCCCCACUGAUGACCUCAGCUGUUCCACGGUGCCUGCACUUCAAGUACAGAAUAGUACCAGCAUACAGCAUCUCGCUGUCCAUCUGCCGGCUCAGUUUUAGCAAUGAAUAUGAGUUUGUGGACUGUAGCACAUGGACUCGAUCGAGCAGUCCUAACAGUGACUGGACACAAGGUCAAGCAGUAAUUCCACCGUCUAGUUAUCCAUAUGCUGUUGUCUUUCAAGCAAAACAGAGCUUCAGGCAGGGCACUGUAAGCAUUGAUGACAUUGCAAAGGUGGAUGGUGAAUGUAGAACUUACAAUAGUAGCUGAUCUAUAUCAUAAAGGCAUAACCUUUUCUUGUAAAAAGAUACGGGUGAGUGUGUGUGCUUGCAAGGUAAAGUGUAAGUGGUUUCUAAUUCAUUGUGUUUUACUUCCUGCAAAUCAACAUCAGUUUAAGUACCAAGAUACACUUUUUACAGAUUUUGCACAAUUUCUCUCUGGUAAGUGUUGAUGAGGCUGAAGCAGUUUACUCAGCUGCUACCCCACUGAGCACCACACCAUAAUCAAGCAUGGUUAUUGUUGAGGGCUUAUUUUCACAAGGUAUACCCAACCAACCUCCAAUGGCUGAAGUUGAAUAUGCUUUAUACUCUUAAACUGACAGCUGGUAAGCACAUUGCCAAUAAGUUUACCAGCAGCUGGUAAUCUUGAUAUCAGUUACAAGGGUAACAUCUUAAGAAUAGCUAAGUUUCUCUGAUUUUUCCUGACAGAUAGUGGAAUCAGUGGUGACUACAGACUUUUCCACUGUUCUGAGAAAUAAAGGCUUUCACAUAUUUUAAUUUAAAAAUAGAAUUUGUCAUUUUGGAUUUAAGCAGUUUGUGGUGGACAGCUGUGUUAGGUCUGAUGAAAAGUUAUUAAUCACAGUACCAAGAGUGAAAAACUUUAGUAACCCCAGGACAUACAUCUCAUGUCACAUGAUCAGGGGCUAUGGCCCUACGUGACCAGAGCAAUGGCUCCAUAUGACCUGCUGGCUGCAGUUUCAACGAAUGUAACCAGACUGGG